AUGGACUUAGACACAGACGAGGAGAUAGUCAAAGACAAUGACGCCGCAAAGAAUACAGCUGAAGAAGGAAAACAAGACGCCGCAAAGGAGGCAACGGAAGAAGAAAAACAAGACGCCGCAGAGAAGACAACGGGAGGAGAAAACGCAGGCGCCGCAGAGAAGACAGGCACGACCCUGAUUAAAACUUUGCUCAAGGUAAAAAAAGAGCCUGACGCCGACAGCGGUGACGAAGUUCUCCUGUUCGUGCCUGACAAAGAUUCGGACUCCGAAACCGGGGAGACCGAUGCCGAUGGGGAUCGGGUUCUGUUUGAGAGGUUUGGUCCUAAGCGUGGAGACGAUGUUGUCACCGUUGGAUGGAUCGGAGGCAGAAAAACCCAGUAUCUCAACCGUUUCGGACCAAGAAAUGCAGCAAUACACCGAGUCGAGGGGUCUGUCGCUACGCAGGCGUAUGAAAAUGACAAACCAGAAACCGAGAAAGUGAGCAAUCCCACCAACCGAUUCGGAGACAAGAAGCUGCCUAACGGCAAUUUGGAAUUCACUAAACGGCACAUUCGUGGAAUUUACGGGGUUGCGUGGGAAGGCUCCGGUGAAGCAUUCGAGGACGACUUAACACUCAUUGAUCCAGAGGUGGCGGGAAAGGAUGGAGAUAAGUGGAUCCCCACAUACGUGUGGAUUGGUUGGGACGUCGCCGGUACCGUUCGGAAAGCUUGGGAACCAAGGUAG